GUUAGAAAGAUGCAGUAAACCUUAGCUAGCGUCCCAUAGCUGAAAGUCAGCAUCAUUGCCACUCCUCCUGUAGGAAGGGCGCAGUCCCGAGAGCUAUCUGGCUAGCUGAACUCAGCAAAACCAUGUCUGUAAACCUCAGCAAAAAUGGCCCUGCAUUAACAGCUGCCUAUAAAGAAGUAGUAGAUGAAAAGUCCAACACCAACUGGGCCUUGUUUACUUAUGAGGGAAACAGUAAUGACAUCCGCCUGGCAGAAAAAGGAGAUGGAGGUCUGGAGGAGCUGGUGGAGGAGCUCAACAGUGGAAAAGUCAUGUAUGCAUUCUGCCGGGUUCAGGAUCCUAACUCUGGGUUGCCCAAAUAUGUCCUCAUUAACUGGACCGGAGAGGGAGUAAAUGAUGCCAGGAAGGGAUUAUGUGCAAACCAUGUCAGCUCCAUAGCCAAUUUCCUGAAGGGGGCUCAUGUGACAGUUAAUGCCAGAGCAGAAGAAGAUGUGGAGCCUGAAGUGAUCAUGGAAAAGGUGGCUAAAGCGUCAGGAGCCAACUACAACUUCCACAAAGAAGCUUCCAGCCGCUUCCAGGACAGUGGUCCUCAGGGGCCGGUGGGCUCGGUGUACCAGAAAACCAACGCCAUGUCUGAAAUCAGAAAGACCAACAAGGACAACUUCUGGGCACAGGCGGAGAAAGAAGAGGAGAGACGGCGGCAGGAGGAGCGACGCAAGGCUGACGAGGAGCGCCAGAAGCUGGAGAGGGAGAGGAAAGACAGGGAGAGCAAGGAGGCUGCUGUGAGGGAGAAACGGGACAAGGAGCGAGCUUCUCAGAUCGACCAACAGAAGAAGUACCAACAACAGCUGGAAGCUGAAAGUAAAGAGCAGGAAAAACAACGCUGGGAUGAGGGGCAGGAGAACCAGGAGGUCCAGAGAAAAGCGGUUAGGAGAGGUGAAUCUGUGGAGAAAGCUAAUGAGGCUGCCUCUCUGAUCUCUCAGCGUUCUGUGAACCCCAGAGAGAUGUUCAAGCAGAGGGAGCGAGGAAUAACACCCAGCGACUCGGACACACCCCCUGCUGCCCCUGCGAGCCCUCAGCCAGGGCGUCUUCACAGCCCAUUUCUGUCUAAGCAAGUGAACCAAUGUGAGCAAGCCAGCUCACCUCAGCGCCAAGCUUCUCCUCCUCCUGUGUCAGCAGGCUCUGCCUCUCCUGGCCAUGCCACAGAGCCUGAUGUGGACGGUGGGCACUUCAAGUGUGAGUAUGAUGAGCAGGAAGCCCCUCCCCAAGAGCAGCAGAAAGAAGAGGCUCCAGCUGCUAACGCGUACGCUGAAGAGAUGACUCAUGAAGAGUCUCCGCAGGUGGAGGAGACCGACUCAUAUGAGACGGUGGUGAAUGAAUCAUCCGACAGAGGCAUCUGUGCACGAGCGUUAUACGACUAUCAGGCUGCCGACGACACCGAAAUCUCCUUUGAUCCUGAGGAAAUCAUCACCGGAAUCGAGAUGAUAGACGAGGGCUGGUGGCGAGGAUUCGGCCCAGAUGGUCACUUUGGAAUGUUCCCGGCCAAUUACGUGGAGCUCAUCUAACUGGGAUCAUCAUGGCGCCGAUCCCAGAGGAUCGGGCUGGAACAGAGCCAAUGAGACUCCACAACAUGGACCAACGAACGUGGAGCUUUUCAAAUCCCAGCUCAUUUCAAGAGAGUAAUUAAUAAAACGUUUAUUGUAAGCAGCUGAUGCAGAUCUAGCGUAGGGAUUUGUGAGGAGCAGCUGAUACUCUCCAGAUCCUCCCUGAUCACCAUCAGACUCCUCCUCCUCCAUAAGUGUGAUGCAGUAAAACAGUAUCUUUAUUUCUCUUGUGAGCGUCUCUAGCACUUCUAGUUCACAUUCCUUACAAAAGUGGCUUCAGUUCUAUUUCAGGUAUUUUUGAGUUAUUUGUAGCAUUUCAGGAAAACGGUACCAGCUACAGCCUAAUCUUUUGCCUUGUUUUCAUUUGUUUGCCUUUAUUUACCAGCAGACUGAAUCAUCCUUGUUCCUUUUGAAUGUGACUGAACUUCUGUCCCAUGUGCCGAGCGGCUGAUGUGACUAUUUAAACCAGCAGAUGAUAUUUUUUGUUUUGUUCUUGCUUGUUGAAUUCAGUAGGGCAAUCUUGAAGUUCCCUUUUAAAAAUGGUGAGUAAAUAGCAGUUUCAUAUCAAGGCCUUCCUCAUUUGAACCUCAAAAUUUCAACAACUUUUCAGGGACGGGCUAAAGAACACACAUCAGCGUUCAUACUCCUGUCCUCCGAGCUGGAUCUAAUACGAGAUCAGAAUGACGAGAGCACAGGUGACCGGUGAUGUCUAAUUAGCUGAAAACUCACCGUUUAUAUCAUGUAACGUAAACGUUUGAUCAACAGAUGGCACAAAGAAAAAGGGCAUUGAGUUUCCAUCGUUUAUUGUUGUUUUUCCAGUUUGUUCAAAUGCAGAAAAUCUUCUAAAUAAAAGAAAUCAUUAAACUAAAA